CUGACGAACGCCAUUUCAAUCAAUAAAUAAAUUCCAAAUAAAUUUCUGAUUGUCGUACACCUGAUGUGAAUUGAUGCUCAGAAUAAAAAAUGGCGACGACGCGGGGACAGAGAUUUAAAUUCAGCGAUGGAGAGAAAGUCCUGUGUUACGAGCCAGAUCCUACGAAGGCGAAGGUCCUGUAUGACUCGAAGGUGCUGGAUGUAAUUGUUAAUAAGGACCAGAGAGGCAGGAAAGCUGUGGAGUAUCUCAUCCACUUCCAGGGUUGGAACUCCUCGUGGGACAGAUGUGUAACGGAGGAGUACGUUCUGAAGGAUACAGAGGAGAAUCGCCAGCUGCAGCGAGAUCUAGCCCAGAAGGCGCAGCUGCAGCUCGGGGCGUACCUGUACCGUCGGGAGAGAAAAAAUCGUAAUCACAAGCUGUCAGAGCGUUUAUCAACGGGAAUUGAUUCCAGGAGAAGAGCAAGGAGCGGUGGGAGUCGUGCCACUUCAGGAACAACGGGAUCAUCGGAGGAUGGCAGCUCUGGACAGCACGACGAUUACGACACAGAGGAGGUAAUCACCGAGGAGGACUACGAGAGCAGCUCUGAUUUCGGUGAGGAGUCCUCAGAGGACGAGGACAGUGGUGGAGGUGGAAGCCAUCAUUCAGCCAUUGAUAUCGAUAUUGGUAGCACCCUGAGGAGAAUUCUCGAACAAGACUACGAGUUGAUCACACACAAGCACAAACUGGCGGUUCUUCCUGCUCAGCCCACUGUCGUCAGCAUCCUGGAGUCCUGGAUCCAGCAUUUCACCACAACACAGCUCACGAAUAUCCCGGAGACCAAGUCUGGAAGGGUCAAGGCCAACAAUACCAUCGAAAAAACUCUCAACGAGAUCAAUGUAUCCCGGGAAGUCGCUGAUGGCCUCAGAAUUUAUUUUGACUUCACUCUGCCCGAUCUUCUACUGUACAGAGAGGAACGAGAACAAUUUAAUGGAUUCAAAUCAACUUUUCUAUUUCCCGAGCAUCCGGUUGUCAUCAAGGAGGAAGUCAUUGAGAGAAAAGAUCCUGAGGGAAAAUAUCGUAUCUUUCCUGGAUUCAGAGAUAUGACGAGAAAACUUGAUACACCUGAAUUAAUAAUUAAAGAAGAGAUCGAAGACAGUGAAUACGCACAUCUGCCACCAUUUCGAGAGCACGAAAUAUCGGAGAGUGAUCCCCCAGGUAAACCUGUGUCCUCGGUGAAGAGGAAGCUGAGAUCCUGCAGAGUGAGUUCUAUGGAAGACACACGACAGCUGAGAUCGUACGACGAUGUAAAGCAAGAGCCAGGAAAUGUCUCCAGCAUCGCCAGCACGAGCUCCAGGUGUUCCAGUCCUCGGGGCUCUACCUCCAGGUAUCCAGUGGUGCCUCCAGCACAGAUUGGAGCUCUUCUUGACGAAGCCAACAAGUGGAGGCUGAUGCCAGAGGCUGUCAGAAGAGGUGGUGGACCCAGUCCUGCCACCUAUUUCGGAGCUGUUCAUCUCGCAAGACUCUUCGUCAAACUCCCAGACCUUCUCCAAGCCACUGACAUGCCCGCGAAGAAGAUGAAGCUGUUGAUUAAACAUUUGGACAUGUUCCUCAGUUAUCUUGAAAUGCAUCCUGAGUGGUUUGGUGAACAAUUCUACACGCAAAUCGAGAGUCACCAGAUCUCGCAGUGACGUCGAGGUCAGAGGUCGAUAAAUCCAUCACAAAAAAACAGAAAUUUAAUUAUGAAAUUGUGUGACUGUCGAGUGUGAGAGGUCAGAGAAGGGUAUGCAUACAUGAAAUAAUUAUAAUUCAACGAUAGUUAGACGAUAGUUAGUGAUUUAAGAGACGAGUGAAGACUCCACAGACUCGAUUGUUAAAUAUUUAUUCGUUCACUUGCUUCUGUCAUAUAAAUUCAUUUAUAGAAAUUCAAUUAUUUGAAAUUCAUUGGACAAAUUCAACGAUUGAAGGUCAUUUUAAUGUUAAUAACUUUGUACUCAUUCGUGAUAAAUUCGGACAAGUGUUACCACAGUAGAGAGCGUGGACAGCCUGUCACGUUUUUAUUAAUCAUUAAUUUUAAGUUAAUAAAUACAACUCGAGUACCAAAA